AUGCCUCCGGCUCUGGCUCCGCUUCCGUAUCCUUACUCUUCUAUACCGGGUUCGAUCACUCCCACUCCUCAACACAACUCCCAGUCCGGAACGUAUCAAAAGCAGCAACAACAACAGCCUCUGGAUAUCACUUCUAAUAAACUCCAUCAUCACCGGACCGCUCCUUGGAGGGUCGGUCUACCAACACCUCCCAGCGAAAUGAUGAACGGGGUUGCCUAUAACGCCUAUCUUCCUCCAAAUCCACUUACCACUACUGCGACGACCACCCCAGGCAGCUAUGGCAACAAUCGAAAUGGACUCCCGAUGCACUCCAAGCCCCAAUACCAACUAGCCUCCGCCAAGCCUGCCGAAUCAGGCAGUCAGAAGAAGUCUUCGCUCCCCUCAUAUUUGCAGAUUCCCUCGUCCAUCAGUGACACCAAUGGUAACCUUGCAGAAUUUGCAGCUCAGAUGACAUGUCUGUUCUGGUUCGAGAGUACAGCUAAGUUGAACGCCAUUGAGAACCGCCUGGGCAGCCUCCCAACACUCGUUCCUGAAGUCACACCCGCAUUGGGAUUCCAGAAAUGGGUGACCACGGUCCUGUCGACAACGCAAGUGAGCCAAAACGUCAUCUUGUUGGCCCUCAUGUUCAUCUACCGGCUGAAGAAAUUCAACUCGGGCGUCAAAGGGAAGAGUGGAAGUGAAUUCAGACUGUUGACGAUUGCUCUGAUGCUUGGAAACAAAUUUUUGGAUGACAACACUUACACUAACAAGACGUGGGCUGAAGUGUCGGGGAUAUCGGUGCAGGAGAUUCACAUCAUGGAAGUUGAGUUCCUGAGCAAUAUUCGAUACAACCUCUUUGCAUCCGCAGAGGAGUGGACCGAGUGGCAUUCCAAAUUGAGGCGGUUCUUUGAGUUCUACCACAAGGCUUCUUUGGUCCCCGAGGGCAGUGAACAACUGCUUCCCAAGACUCCUCCUGCGCUCCGCAUCUCUCCCAGCUUGGGAUCUACGCCUCCGUUGCCGUCCUUGUCUCCUGGCUCAAAGCUCCCGUCGCCCCCGGUAAACGAGUCGUUGCGUGCCCUGCCAAACUGGAAUGCUCCCAUGAACAAUGGCUCGUAUGCGCCUCUCCCUCGGCUUGGGAAUGAGAUACCGUCAUCCGUCAGUUCCCGAAAGCGGAGCCGUGAUGAACCGGCGGAGGAGCAUCCGAUGAAGCGAGUAGCAGUAUCUACCAACCCUCCUGUCGCAACCCUUCCGCCAUCUUCCGCUCUCCCCAGUAUCCCGACGCUUCCGCCGGUGUUGACGCCGACUUCUGCUCCAGCUUCGCAGGCACCAAUGGCAAGACCAGUUUCCCAGCUCCCACGACCCAACAUCCCAGUCUCCUCCAACCUGGCUCCUAGCGUUCCCUCUUCCCUCUCACAUCAACUCCCUCCGGUCUCUGUCCGGACGGGACCUUCGUCGUACAACACACCGACGUCAGCGUCGAACUGGGCUCCACAGAUGCCGUCGACCACCGUACCGUCCAUGUCGAACGGCAUGUACACUACGCCUAUGUCUCUGCCGGACCCGGGACGACACCACCUCGGCGUUACUUCGGCCACCGUCUCGCCGGCGCUGUCAGCGUAUUCCGUCCACACAUCUCCAACCCAUCUGUCACCGUCUUUCUGGCUGGCGAAUCGCAACUCCCCCUAUCGCCCUGUGCGGUCCGUCAACACCCUGUUGAUUCCUCCGCCGUCUGCAUCGCUUCAGCAAAACCGACCUGUUCCCUAUGAUCAUAUGCACUAUCAACCAUUGGGAAAGCCAGCGGCGGAGCGCAGAACUGGCCUAGUGCCUUAUCUUCACCAGGACGCAUGGCCUCAGGGACCCAUCGCUCAGCCUGUUUUCCAUCCCACUCCGAAAUACUCGGGUUGAGAUCCCCAUUUUUACGCAUUUUUCACGAUUUAUCUUACGACGUUUCGGAUACAAGAUGUCUUUUUUACUUUCUAGGUGUAUAUUCUUUUCUGUUGACUUAUUUCUUUGCUUACGACCUGGGAUUAUGGCGUUGAACAUCAUAGAUGGUUAGGUUAUCUGUCGUCUUUUACUUUCUACUCUUCUUUUUCUCUUCACUCUGCUUUUGUCAAGAGUAUGUCAAGGGCAAUUUGUUCAGUUCUAUCUCAUUCUAUGGAAGGGUGUCGCAUGAUUAUGGCGUUGCAUAUCUUACUAUUUUCUUGUUGCUAUACAUUUUUUAUGUAUAUCUAGCUGCAUUUGCAUUGUAUGAUCGGGUGACUAAAAUUCAACAAACCUCCAGAUAUAAGGAUAAUUGCCUGGGGAUAUUUAGAUGUACAACAAUUUUGAAUGCG